CUCCCCAACACCGUAUUCCCUAUCCCCAAACCAAACACAACAGCCAUGUCUCCCUCACACAGUCGCAGUCGCCACUCCAGAAGAGACCACCACCAUCAACAUCAAGACAGAAAUCUAGACGAUCUCAUCCGCAGAUACACCCAAACCACCCAGCCAUCACCCGUCCUCGCCGACAUCCUCAGAAGCUCCCGAGAAUCAUCGCUCCUCGUCAGCGCCCUCCGCCGCCAGGUCUCGCUCAUCAAAUGCCGCUCCCCAGACCCCAGAGAUAACCAGGUCACUGUCUACGACAGAGCGCUGAUGGAGCUGUCCCGCUCUGGCGACGAUCCGAGACACCUUGGUGCUUUGGAGCUCUAUUUGACAGAGUAUUUGGGGAUUGUUCCGAUUGCGCCGUUCCAGCAGGGGAGGGAUGUGGCGAGGGAGUGUGUUGACGUGGAGAUGACUUUUGGUAGAGCCCGCGAGACUGAGACAGACAAAACCGACAACAAGAAGAAGAAAAAGAGAACUAGAACUCACACCAGACACUCAGUCUCACCAGCCGAAAGAAGAACAGCCAGUCCUACCAGAACACUAGCCUCCCACCACCACUCCACCAACAAAACUAUCCAUAGUAACCCCCCACCCCCCAACGACGAAGUCCAAACCCGCAUCACCCGCCUCCUCUCAACCUACCAAGCCGCCAAAGACGACUACUUCGGAUCCCUCCAGAAAAACGGCAUGGUAAGCAUGGACGCGGCGCGCUUCCUGCGCGACACGGCGGAGAACACCCUGCGGUAUCUGCGGAGCAAUGGGCUUGCGGAAGAGAAGGGGGGAUUGGUGACGGAGCUGGAGUAUACGUUUGCGGCUGCGAGGGAUAAGGCUACCGCGCUGUCUGGGGGCAGAAAGAGGCAUUUUGAUGAGGGGGAUGGUGGUGGUGGUGGUGGGCACGAGAGUAGGAGGCGGGGUGGGAAGAGGAGUCGGAGGGUUAUGAUGGAUUCUUAUCGGCCUGAGGGUUGAUGGGGUCGACUUAAGAGUGGCAUUUAGUGUAGGCUCCUAAGGUAGGGUGGUAGUCGUGGUAGGGAUGUGAAUCUGUUCUGGCGGCGUUCAAGGUGAUGAGAAGUGAUUCUUUAUUGGUAGUUCGGUUGAGUUGAGGCGAAGAUAAUGAGGGGAGGAAGAGGAUAUGGCUUUCAGGUACUAGGUACACUAUCCGCGAAGUUGAUGAACAUGAGCCUGUUGUAAG